UUAAGCAGCCUUGUGAAACUUUCUUUACACAUGAACGGGUUGUCUGGUAACAUUCCACUUACUAUCAACUAUUUGCAGAAGCUUCAAGGAUUAUAUUUAUAUAACAAUAAUAUGAGAGGUUCCAUUCCAGAGGGUCUUUGUGAUUUACACAGCUUGGUUGAUUUAUAUUUAAGCCAAAAUAAUUUUUUCGGUCCAAUACCCGAAUGUUUAGGAAAUAUCACAUCUUUAAGAGAUCUGUCUCUAGAAUCUAACAUGCUGACUUCAAGCAUACCAUCAAGUAUAUGGCGCCUCACGGAUUUGAUGUAUUUAGACUUCUCGUCAAAUUCUUUGAUUGGAUUUCUACCUCCAGAAAUUGGUAAUUUAUUGAAAACAAUUCUAAUCAAUCUAUCAAUGAACCAGCUUUCGGAGUCUAUUCCAAGCACAAUUGAAAAUUUAAUAUCUUUGAAUGCUCUGUCUUUGGCACAUAAUCUACUGAAAGGUUCUAUUCCCGAUUCCGUGGGGAGGAUGAUCAGUUUGAUAAGUAUAGACUUGUCUUACAAUAGCCUCUCCGGCUCAAUCCCAAAGUCUUUUGAAAAACUUCAAUACCUGGACUACCUUAAUGUCUCUUUUAAUGCUCUAAGAGGAGAAAUUCCCACUGGGGGUCCUUUCGUAAACUUCACUAUCGAGUCUUUUAAAGGGAAUGAUGCAUUAUGUGGAAUUCCAAGGUUCAAUGUACCACUUUGCAACAAUAAUGUUUCCAAACACAUGCCAAGGAUGAAAAAUGUGCGCUUAGCUUUAUUUAUUGUUAGUGGGGUUGUUUUAUUGAUCUCGCUUCUCUCUUUGGCCUUCAUUUUCGUAAGAUACAAAAGAAAAAAUCAGGCAAUCAAUGGAAUUGACGGGUUGGUUCCCACUGUACCAGAAAGAAUUUCGUAUUACGAACUCCUACAAGCAACUGAACACUUCAGUGAGACGAAUUUAAUAGGCAUGGGGAGUUUUGGUUCUGUGUACAAAGCCGUUCGAAGAGAUGGGAAGAUUUUCGCUGUCAAGGUCUUCAAUUCGCUGUCGGAAGCUGCUUGUAUAAGCUUCGGAGUCGAAUGUGAAGUAUUGCGCAACAUUCGUCACAGAAAUCUUACCAACGUCAUUAGCAGUUGCUCAAACGAGGAUUUCAAGGCACUGGUACUUCAAUACAUGCCAAAUGGGAACCUCGACAAAUGGCUAUAUUCCCACAACUAUUGCUUGGAUCUCAUGCAAAGAUUGAACAUAAUGAUCGAUGUUGCAUGUGCGUUAGAAUAUCUUCACCAUGGCUAUUCGAUUCUCAUUGUUCAUUGCGAUUUGAAGCCAAGCAAUGUAUUGUUAGACGAAGAGAUGGUUGCCCACGUGAGUGAUUUCGGGAUAGCAAAAUUGUUGGGCGAAGGUGAGAGCACUAUGCACACCAACACCCUAGCAACAAUGGGUUACAUUGCACCAGAGUAUGGUUUGGAAGGGCUAGUUUCGACAAGGUGUGAUGUUUAUAGCUAUGGAGUGAUGGUGAUGGAAACUUUUACGAGAAAAAAACCGAGUGAUGAUAUGUUUGAUGGAGAUUUAACCUUAAAGAAUUGGGUUCAAAGCUCACUUAAUAACGAGUCAUCAAUUGAGGUUAUAGAUGCCAAUUUAUUGAAUACAGAAAACGAACAAGGCUUUGAAAAAAACGUGCAAUGUGUGUCUUCAGUACUAGAUUUGGCUUUGAAGUGUUGUGCGGAAUCUUCUGGUGAUAGAAUAGACAUAAAAGAAGUUCUAACAGAGCUGCAAAAAAUCAAAGGUCGAUUUUCCCGUAGUGAUUAGGCCUGAAACAGAAGAUUAUGCCC